CCCCGGGCCGGGGGCUUGGUCGAGCCACCUCCGCGUUUUGGUCAGCCACUGAACCCACCAGAAGCUUGGCACUCCGCCCAGCUCGCCCCACUAAAGCCGGGACGGACCUCGGCAUACAGGGUAGAGCGUACCGAAUGGGAGCUUGAACCUCGCUUGUUGUUAAAGGCAUCUUAAACCAUUGAUUCGACUUCAACGGAGUCUCUACAUUUUCCUUCACACGGGUGCUCCGUACACUGUCUACUCCGAAGUAAACUUCCCUUAAUCUAGAAUUAUACCCGAACUACACUCCAUCACCUGAACCUAGCGCUUCACACAAGAGAGCAUCAAAGAUGUCGGCUCAGAUCCCAAUUGCUGUAGGUGCUUCCAUGUGUGACCCCGCAUUGGCUUUCAGUCAUCCGCUAAUUGAGACCUAUCUUGCUUGCUUGCAGGUCCGCGAUCGGGUGAGCGAGCGGGCUAAGAAGGCGUUGGACACUGUGGCCAAAUUCGUCGAGGAGGACUGUAUCCCUGCCGAUGCCGUCUUUGAGGCCCAGAUUGGCGUUGGCGACGCGAGGUGGAACUCGCACCCGCCAAUCCUCGAGGAUCUCAAGAAGAAGGCCCGUUCUCUGGGUUUGUGGAACAUGUUCCUGCCCAAGGGCCACUACAAGGAGUCGCCGGGCUUCACGAACCUUGAGUAUGGCCUGAUGGCCGAGUGGUUGGGCAAGUCGAGGGUAGCCCCCGAGGCGGUCAACUGCGCCGCCCCGGACACGGGCAACAUGGAAGUGCUGGCCAAGUACGGCAACGAGGCGCAAAAGGCCAAGUGGCUGAAGCCGCUGAUGGAAGGCGAGAUCCGCUCGGCCUUCCUGAUGACAGAGCCGCAGAUUGCUUCGUCCGAUGCUCGCAACAUUGAGAUGAAGAUUGAGAGGGACGGGGACCAUUACGUCUUGAACGGGCAGAAAUGGUGGUCAAGCGGUGCUGGCGAUCCGCGGUGUAAGGUGUACAUCGUCAUGGGCAAGACCGACCCUCAGAACAAGGACCCCUACCGACAGCAGUCGGUGAUCAUCGUGCCGGCCGACACCGAAGGCAUCACCAUUCACCGCAUGCUCUCGGUCUACGGCUACGAUGACGCGCCGCAUGGCCACGGCCACAUCAGCUUUCACAACGUCCGCGUGCCAGCGAGCAAUCUGGUGCUCGGUGAGGGCCGCGGCUUCGAGAUCAUCCAAGGCCGGCUGGGCCCCGGCCGGAUCCACCACGCGAUGCGGACGAUUGGCGCGGCCGAGCGGGCGCUGGAGUGGAUGCUCAUGCGCAUCAACGACCCCAAGAAGACGACUUUCGGCAAGCAGCUGCGCGAGCACGGCGUCAUCCUGGAGUGGGUCGCCAAGUCGCGCAUUGAGAUCGACGCAGCGCGCCUGAUCGUGCUCAACGCCGCCAUCAAGAUGGAUGAGCAAGGGCCCAAGGCCGCCCUCACGGAAAUUGCCCAGGCCAAGGUGCUUGUCCCGCAGACUGCGCUGACCGUCAUUGACCGUGCGGUGCAGUCCUUUGGUGGAGCGGGCGUAAGCCAGGAUACCCCGCUGGCCAACAUGUGGGCAGGGAUCCGGACGCUGAGACUUGCCGACGGACCCGACGAGGUGCACCUGCAGCAGAUGGGCAGGAAUGAGAACCGGCGCGGCAAGGCGGUCGCGGCGAAGAUUGCUGCGCAGAAGGCAAAGACUGAGCAGCUCAUGAAGCAGUACGGCGCGACGCGCUCCGAGAUUGGGUCCAACAUCAAGCGGUCCAAUCUCUAGGUUGCUCCAUUUCCGGCAUGCCCGACCUGGUUACCUGGUUGUUAUGGUGUAAACUUAACGCAGCUCUUAACGUUGCGCUGUUUGAGCACUUCAAGCUUUCCUUGUCCACGUUGACUCACUCGAUUGAGGUUGCUGGGGUCAAAGGUUCCAUUUCUGGGAAUCAAAAAGGAAGCUAGCUGACAGGGUGUUUGGGACAUGUG